ACGAGAGUGACACCUGCCGUGCUGCUGAGCGGUGCUCAAAUUGACAGUUCCCGAGAUCCGUUCCUUCCCGCCUCCAUAGCGGCGGAGAAAGAGUGACGAUGACCGAUAUCCUCGAGCAACAAGAAGUUGCAAAGUCUACUGGGCUGAAACAUGUCAUAACCAUGUUGCAAAUUCCGGAUCAGCUCGAUAAGGUCGACCAGCACAGGAAACGUGUCCAGAGGAAAAAAGCCUCCGUGGAAGCAAUGCUGAAAACGGCGGUCCAAUCACAGCUUGAUGGCGUCGAAACUGGCUUGUCACUUCUAGUGUCGGCUCGAGACGACAUUGCGGACUGUCAGAAAAAAAUCGACGAGGUUGAACAGAUCUAUGCAGAUUUAGCCAAACUGUCGCUGCAGCUGCAGGACGUGAGGGAGGAGAGCAUCAAGCACUCACAAACAGGAACCCUGAUGGAGCACCUGAAACAUAUCUUCAAUGUACCGGGCAGUGUGGCGAGAACACAGGACCUGAUCCAGGAAGGGAAGUUUUUGCUCGCCCACAAAGCGCUCUCAGACCUUGAAGGAUCGCGGGAUGACCUCUUGUAUGAGCUUCAUAAGCAAGCUAACAACCUACCGAGCGACAAGGCGAUGCUCAAACAAUACUUCGCCGAUGUCGAAAGACUCAGCGAUGAACUUGGGAAGCAGCUCUGGGUCAUUUUGAAGCGGACUCUGAACACAGUCCGUAAGGAACCACAGGUGAUUGUGACCGCCCUACGCCUCAUCACAAGAGAGGAAUGGGCUGACGAAGCUGCACUCAGGAGACAAGAAACCACCGGUUUCCUACCUCCUUCUCGGCCAAAGCUAUGGAAGAAGAAGGCGAUAGAGACCUUGGAGCAGAGUGUAGCGGAACGUCUGGAGGCGAACCAGAUCGAAGGAAGACAGGAAAACAAGAUGUGGCUGGUGCGUCAUCUCGAAGUGACCCGGCAGUUGAUAAUCGAUGAUUUGAAAACCGUUAAGCAUCAUUGUACGCCCUGUUUCCCACCGUCUUUCGACAUAUUCAAUGAAUGGGUCCGCAUGAUCCACAACUGCUUGUCUCAGCGAUUACAAACAAUCAUCUCUCAAGGUCUCGUCGAUAGCGAAUAUAUCCACAUACUCGGCUGGCUCAACACGUACAACUCACGCGAACUCAUGCAACAUCCCGAAUUAAAUGUGGAUAUUUCGCGAUACGAAGCGUUGCUGCCGGAUUCGACAAUUAAGAAACUUAUGCAGAAGUACUUGGCUGGAUUGCAAGUCAAGUUCGAAGAAUGGCUCCGGAAUGCUCUGACCACAGAUCACAAGGACUGGCAGAAGCAAGAGAUGCCGGAAACCGAUUCUGACGGAUAUCACCGAACGGAAGCCCCAAUGCUGAUUUAUCAGAUGAUAACACAGCACAUAGAUGUGGCGCGAACUGUCUCGCCAACACUGAUUUCACUCGUACUGAAUCUCGCCAUGGAGCAUAUGAACAAUUUCCUCACAUCCUACAUCCAGCUAGUCACAGAGUACAAAAUACAGAACUUUGAGGACAGGUCGCGCUUCCAUUGCUAUACUGCAUACAUGAUCGCUGUCGCGAACAAUGCGGUUAACAUGAAGGUCUUGCUCACCAAACUGAACGAAGGCAAGAACCUCGCUCCGAAUCUUGAGGAGAAACUCAAGACCUUGAAGGAGAAUGCCCUGAGCUACCUCUGUGAAGAGGUGCUGAUGGAUAUCAAAGCCCUCACACCGAAUAUCAUGACGAGGAAAUGGCUCACCAAAGAGGACCAAACAAUCGACACUGUGAUAGUCACCUUAGCUGACUACGGGAACGACUACACUGCUCUGAUAGCGUAUCAGGAUCUCAUAAUGAACAUCGAGAAACAGGUCGCCUCCAGCUAUGUUCGAGCUAUUUGUGAGAAGCGCAUAUCCUUCAAAAACUACGAAGAAAGGAAGACGGCAGCGGAACUGAUCGUAGAAGACACAAACAAGCUCGAAAAGCAAUUCAAGGAGCUGUAUAAGAAGCGAGCGACUCUCCCAGCUGCCUCCAAGGAGUCUGAGCUCACAGUCCUCAAGCUGAUGGCCGAAGUCUUGAAAAUGAAGGAUAACUCCCUUCUCUCUCUGGAGCUGAGCGGCCUCGUCAAACGAUUCCCGGAUGUUUCUGCGGAUGAUCUAAUGGCCUUACUCGACCUCCGUGGGGACAUUUCUCGACCUGACGCUCGCCAAUUGAUCGUCGACUUCAAACCAGGAUCGGCGACCGAUAGACCAAUAUUUUCGAACAUUCUCCAGAACUUAUCCUAG